AUGCCACUCACCCAAGAAAGAGCUGAAGCCCGCGGUCUUGCCAUCAAGCGCGGAACCAUCUUCUACGACUUCCACGUCGCCCUCAACAGCGAAAACUACUCCGGAUUCUCAGAAAUCUCGUUUGAGCUGCUAAGCAUCCCCACCGAAUUGCCCGUCGACUUCUCAGGCAAAGCCACCGGAGUCGUCAUCAACGGACACAAGGCUGAGGUCAAGGCUGAAGAAGGAUUCCUGUUCCUCGAUGUCGGCCUGCUGAGAGUGGGCCACAACACAGUGGGCGUCCAUUACACUAACAGCUACAACAACGACGGUAGCGGUUGCGUGAGUUUCGUCGAUGUCGACAAAAAGCAAUACAUCUACACUCAGUUCGAGCCCUACUACGCCAACAGAGUCUUCGCCUGCUUCGACCAGCCUGACCUCAAAGCCAAGAUGCGCCUCUACGUCAUCAGUCCAGCCAGCUGGAAAAAAGUUCUCUCCAACGAGUAUGCUGUGGUGGAAGAUACCCUCGACGUCUACAAGUACUAUUGGAACACUCAUACUCACUUCCAAGGAGAGGUCAAGACCUUCCUGGAAGGAAAAGAGGGAAGAAUGACCAUUUUCCCCGAAACUAAGCUCCUCCCCACCUACCUUUUCUGCUACGUUGCUGGAACUCGCUCCUUUCAUCUUCGAAAUCACCAUAGAAUCAAUGAGUUCUUCGAGAGUUUCUUCGGAUAUAAAUACGCCUUCAACAAGUACGACCAAAUCUUCGCCCACGAGUACAAGUGGGGUGCUAUGGAGAACGCAGGCAUCGUCACCUUCAACGAUCUAUACAUCUUCAAGGAGAAGGUUUCAACCGAACGCAAGCUUGGCCUUGCUAACACUAUCUCCCACGAACUGGCCCACCAUUGGUUCGGCAAUCUGGUCACCAUGAAGUGGUGGGACGAUCUAUGGCUCAACGAAAGCUUCGCUGACUUCAUUUCCCAUUCUGUUGGAGAAGAUCAAGGGAAACGUGCACACUCUCAAGUACGAGAGCAGUAUGGCUUCUUUCCUGCAACGCAAGGGAUGGGGAUACCACGAAGACAUGAUGAUUACUACUCACCCAAUCCGUGGCCCAGUUGCCAAUACCAGCGUUGCUGA